AUGUCAGCUCCUGCGGUCUAUAAGCGGGGCGAGGUGUACUUUCUCUCACAUGGUGGUCCACCAAGCAUGUUCGAUACUCGCUCAGAACCGUACCAGGCCUGGAGGGCCUUUGGGCAGGCUGUCGAAGCUGCAAAGCCGAGGGGCCUCAUCGUCGUCUCUGCACACUGGGAGAAUCCAUCUGACACAGCCGGUGUACAAGUCAAUAAUGACCCAACAAACCCCCUCAUAUACGACUUCUAUGGCUUCCCAAAGCACUACUACCGUGAGACAUUCACCUCACAUGGUAGCGCCGAGAUGCUCGACGACGUGGUGUCGGCUCUCGGAGCUGGCAAGGUACCGGUCGAGCAGGUAUCUCGAGGGGCAGAUCAUGGCCUAUGGGUCCCGCUCAAAGUGGCCUUUAAUGGCAAGACAAGUAUCCCUAUCAUUCAGGUCUCGCUACCCGGAAACUCGAGCCCAGACUCGGCAGCCAAGCUCGGCAAGGCUCUUUCUGGCCUGAGAGGGAAGGGGUACACCAUCAUUGGGUCAGGGCAGAUCGUGCACAAUCUUCGCGAUGCCUUCAGCGGCGCCCCUACACCAUACACCGAGCCCUACCUGGCGGCGACCGACUCUGCUAUCCACUCUUCCUCACCUGUCAAAGCAGCACUCGGCUUGUUCAAGCACGAACACUACAAGCGCGCCCACCCGACUCCAGAACACCUGCUCCCGCUCCUCGUACCCGUCGCCGCGGCGGAUGAGAAGGACAAGGUGGAAGCUUUAUACGUUGGGGUAGACAAGAUGGGGCUGGGGUGGGGAAUGUGGCGCUGGGUUCCUCAAGAACAGUAG